AUGUCCCUGUCGGGUGUAUCCUGGAAUCACUACUACCCCGUCAACCAACUUUCGACAAGACAGGAAUCCGUUUCCGGACUUUUCCCUCAACAUCCUCAUUCAGCCGCCUUCUUCAACCACCACGGGGCUGCUCCCCAUUCUAGGCAUCUCAAUCACCCCACUCACAGCCACAGAUCGUUCAACAUGAACGCCUUAUCUACCGACGAGAUGGAGAAGUUCCAAAAACUCUCCAAUGAGUUCCAGGCCAACGUUCAGGGUCCCGCUGUCUCGACCAAAUUAUCGAGUAGCAUGGUCGCCAUGGAAUAUGCCAAUGCCGAUCCUGCCUUCAUCACCAAGACUGCAGCACUUGCAGUAACACAUCCCCUGGUACGCACCAUGAAGGGAGACGGAAACUGCGGCUGGAGAGCGGUCGCGUUUGGGUAUUUCGAGAACAUUCUCAAACUACAGAAUCUGGUGCUCGCGCACGACGAACUGAACCGGAUCAAAUCGCUCAAUGUGCUCCUGGAUCGAACCGGCCAGCAGGAACAUCUGUACGAGAUCUUCGUCGACGCGACGGAAGGUGUCUUCCAUCAAAUCAUUGAAGCAAUCCAGAAUGGCAUCAUUGACGACACGUUUCUGGUCGAGGCAUUUAAUGAGGAAUACAAUGCCAGCGCCAUCAUCACUCAUUUUCGACUUCUCACGAGCGCAUGGAUGAAAUUGAACGCCCUUCGCUACCAAGCUUUCCUGUCGCUGCCGGUGGAUCAGUACUGUGCGACACGGAUCGACACGGUGAGAACCGAGAUUGAUGAAGUCGGCCUGCAAGCUUUGGUCGAUGGGGUGAUUGAGGCAUCCGGGUUUGCGGUGGAGAUCCUCUAUCUGGACCGCAGCGAAGGGGAUGUCGUCACGCCCCACCUUCUCACCCCGAACCGGGUGACAGCGGCCACGAUCUGCUUGCUGUACCGCCCGGGCCACUACGACCUUCUCUACGCGGUCGAACCUACUGUGAAUAUGGAACCCGUGGUCAAUUAUCAAUACGCAAUGACUUCUAACUACUCCCCCUGGGAUCAAGGUGCACUCCCGUUCGACGUCAACUCCAGUUUGAUGUCGAUCCCUAAUCUGAUGAUGGACCCGUCAUUUGCACUUGCGCCGUCGCCCAUGCCUUCGGCUUCGCCCAGUCCGUUCCGUGUCUCGCCGCCCCAGGAAGUGUAUGCGCCACCACUUAUGCACACAUCACCGCCCCCUCCUCCGAUUUCGCUGGCAUCGCCCCCGCCCCUUCGGAUGUCAGCCCCUCCAGCUCCGUUGUCAUCGUUGCCUCGCAAAUCGGAUGGCCCUCAGAUCCGACUGAAUCCGCUGGUGAUGAAACCGAACUUAAGUCAUUCGUUACCUGUGACGACUCCGUUCAAAAAUUCUCCGUAUAACCAAGCGCAUUUCCAGAACCAGGAUUUCGAGCCCAUCCACUGGGAGCCCGCCGACCAUCGGAAGUAG